AAUGUUCAAGGAGUGGUCGCAUCAAAAUUUCAGCAGCAUAGCAUCCGAACUCUGUGGAUUCAUAACAAUUCUUUCUGGCACCAUAUUAUUACAUACAACUAGAGAGCAGGAAACGGAGGAUGCAAUUCCUUCAGCAGAUUCUGAAAAUAAUCCCUGGCCUCUUGAUUCAGGAUCGAUAUCCUGGUACAUCUGGAAAGGCAGCACAGAUUCUCUGCUGAAGAAUGUAAAAGAUGAUUAUUUUGUGACUUUAAAUUGUUCAGAUAACAUUACAUGACUGAUUUAAGUUCUGCGUCGUUUAUGUAUUUGUAAAUUAGUGUAGAUUUUAGCAUAUUGCAGUUUACGCUUGAGAGUUUUGUAAUUUUAGAGUGAUCAGGGUUUAUGAUUGAGAUUUUUGACAUGGUUUAGUGUUUCAGACGUGUCUACAAGCCCAAAUGUUUUUCAUCCUGUAACAGUUUAAGUGCAAUUAUUGAACCUUCGAAGAAUGACAUCAAUUUCACCUACUUUAGAAUAUUCUUUA